CGCACUUGAUCGAUUGUUGUUCGGCGCUGUCCUGGAGUAAAAAAAGGUGGAGGAAAACCCGGAAAAAUGGUUGAACCGACAGAGCAUUUGCUUGCCCUUAAAGUGAUGCGCUUGACGCGCCCCACACUUAUCAGCCCUCAGGUUUUGACUGCGGAGCCGAAAGAUUUACCUCAGAAUUCGUUCGAAAAGAUCAUCAAAAACGACGCCACGACGGUGGCGGGCUGUGAGACGAUCGCGGCGGGCCAGUUUAUGCUUCUACCGCAAAGCUUCGGUAACAUUUACCUGGGAGAGAUGUUUUCCAGCUACGUUUGCGUUCACAACUGCCGCUCGCAUCCCGUUUCGAACGUGUCGGUCAAGGCGGAUCUCCAGUCGAACAAUAGCCGGGUUAGUCUGCCGAUCCACGCCGAUAAAACGGGUCCGGUAACGCUGAAUCCGGAGGAAACACUUGACGAUGUCAUCCACCAUGAGGUGAAGGAGAUCGGAACACACAUCCUGGUGUGUGAAGUAUCCUACAUGACUCCGGCGGGACUGGAGACCUCGUUUCGGAAGUUUUUCAAGUUUCAAGUCGUCAAACCACUGGACGUGAAGACCAAGUUCUACAAUGCCGAGACAGACGAUGUGUAUCUGGAGGCGCAGAUACAGAACAUCACUGUCGGACCGAUCUGCCUGGAGAAGGUGGAGCUGGAAAGCUCGGAGCAGUAUACGGUCACUUCGCUCAACACACUGGCCACGGGUGAAUCGGUGUUUUCGUCGAAAACGAUGCUGCAACCGCAAAACAGUUGCCAGUUUCUGUACUGCAUACGGCCCAUCCCAGAGAUUGCGCGCGAUCCCAAUGCGCUUAAGGCGGCCAAUAACAUCGGCAAGCUGGAUAUCGUUUGGAGGUCUAAUUUGGGUGAACGAGGACGGUUGCAGACCAGCCAGCUACAGCGUUGUCCCCUGGAGUACAGUGACCUACGAUUGCUCGUGAUUGAUGCGAAAAGUACCGUCCGGAUCGGGGAAGGAUUCAGCUUCCGCUGCCGGGUGACGAACACGAGCGAACGCUCGAUGGAUCUGCUUAUGGGCCUGAACACGAAAGCUAAGCCGGGCUGUGGUUAUACCGGUGUUACCGAGUUCGCACUAGGAGCACUAGAACCGGGUCAGAUGAAGGAGUUUCCCCUAACCGUCUGCCCCGUCAGGUUGGGCCUGAUUGUUAUCUCGAACCUUCAGCUAACGGAUCUGUUUACGAAGCGGAAGUACGAGUUCGAUAAUUUCCUACAAGUGUUCGUCGUGGAGGAAGACUACCGGGAAGAGGAAUUCCACGUGGACAAGUACGUACGCUACAACAUUCCGGCGACCGUCUAGAUCUAGCAGUACUCCAAAAUGUCCCUUCCUGAAAAACACCCAGUCGCCCAUUCCCAAGAGCUCGAGACGAUUAUGAUGGAAUUUGUUUAUUUAUUAAAUCCUAAUAAAUCAGUUAUAUUGUGAGCAUGA